AUGGCCGCCCCGGCGCCCGCACCACCAACCCAGCCUCGACCUCUCGACCUCGCACCACCCGCCCCGCCUCCCUCGAGCUCGCCCUUCGCCCCGUCCGACACGAUCCUCAACCCAGCUUCGACCGACGCGCCGCCCAGCCCGAGCACCCGAGCCGCACCCGCACCGCGCAAGCGCUUCUCCCUCGACCUCCCCCUCCUGCGCCGCCGGCUCUCGCCUCUCUGGCCGGCAGGCCAUCCCGGCCACGACGACGGCGAGCGCCCGAUCGGUCACCAGGCGCGCGUCCUGUGCGCCCUAAUCACCGGCGUCGUGCCAGAGCCGGCCCAGACCCGCCCGAGGGCGAGGGUCCUCUCGCUCGCGGCGUCGAGCAGCGGCAGCAGCGGGCGACGCGAGGCGCACGCGACAGCCGUCGCCUCGAGGACGCUCACGAGGGCGAGCGUCGCCGGGCCCGAGAUGCGGAAGGAGCAUGCGCAGGGCGUGCGGGCGAGGAAGGGCCGCGACGAGGAGCACGAGGGGGAGCACGGCUCAAAGGGCCACGAGUGUCGCGCCGUGCCGCACGUCAAGCCCAAGGCGCUCAAGAAGCUCAAGGCCGACCUCGUCAAGGCCGACAAGGCGCGCGCCAUCGUCGCCGACUUGAAACGGCUCGACGACCCGCUCGACGAGCCGUCGGCGCCAUCAUCUUCCCUCGAUCACGCUUGCAACGAGCCGGCUUUCUCGGGCCGACCUCGGCGCAACGUCGCUCGGGGCUAUGCCCUGCCACCCCUGGUCGAGGACGCCGCAGCCCCGUCCUCGGCCGCACCGACCUCCUCCCCUCCCUUCCCUCCCUCCUCCGCCCACGCCGACCCGACCCUGUGCCUCAUCAGCUUCGGCACCGACCUCCCGCCCAUGUCGCCCGGCGCACUCGGCGGCCUCGCCGGCGCCAAGUCGGGCGCGUUCGAGCUUCUCGCCGACCUGUCGGGCGCGCUCGUCGACAAGAGUGGCGCGCACGAGGGCGUGUACGGCCUGCCGCAGGACCGCGUGUCGGUGCUCAUCUGUGCGUUUCUCUCUUCCUCGUACUGGGCCGACGAGAAUGUGCAGGGAGAACUGACCCUCUCGAGCGCGCACCGCAACAGACUGGUGGGGGUUUGA